AGAAACAACUGUUUGCGGUGGUCCUCAAAGAGUCAAAGACAGACACAAAACACUGUCUAGCAACCAUCCGAACUAGAGAAGAAGGACCAUUUAGAACCUCUUACAUCGCACGGUGCAACAGUACUCUAACCUACCACUGAAUGAUGAUGCAAUAGAGGGAUAUUUAAACACUUCCGUCCACUCUACCGCAGCAGCCAGCUACCGACCACCGCAAUCGCAAUUUUGAUUGUCGCCGUGAAAAGAACAAUGUCAUCGCAGUCAGAAUGUCCAACUCCCCGUGUGAGACUCACGCGGCUUCCGGAAUCGGUCUCCAGCGUCGUGGAUUGCGUCAGGCACGAAAUCGGGGUCAUCGAACGCCAGCUAGAAGAAUGCUACGAAAACGACAACAAAAACAAAAACACCAACAACAUCGAAAACAAAGAGAACMAAAACAAAAACGACAACAUACAAACCGAGUCGCUCGAAGAUGCCAUCGACGAUGGAUUCAUGUGCGUCGAUUUGAGGGUCCUAGAACGAAAGCUAAGAGCCUGGCACCGCUUGUUUUCUCCGGCGUUUUGCAACAGCAAGAAUCGAAGCGGGCACGACUACACCGUGACGCCCUUCUUCGCCAUCAAGUGCAACCCCGAUCCCGUAGUAGUCCAGUGGUUAUCCCGGACCGCGUCCCUCUGGAACCUUCCGCUGGGGUUCGACUGCGCCUCGAUCGCCGAACUAGAGCUGGCCAAGGCGCAGAUCGAAGCGUACAAGCUGAACGAAACAACCGGCAGAAACGGCAGCGUUCCCACCACCCGGAUCGUCUAUGCGAAUCCACAGCGGGCCGAAGCGGAUUUGAUGCGGGCGCUCGAGUUGUUUGCAACGAAGGUCCCGCUGGAGCCGGAUUCAUCGGCCCCUGCAGCGACAACAACGACAACAGCAGAAGAGUUGUGGUUGACACUGGACGGAAUCGAAGAGGUGUACAAGAUUGCAAUCGCCCGGGAACAAUUCCUGGAGAAACACGACCCUAGUAAAGCCACCAACGGAACCAAACACUGUAGGGUCGUCAUGCCUAGGAUCCGCAUCGUCCUGAGGAUCUGGGUCCCCGACGGACACUCCCAGGUCCCCCUGGGCGAAAAGUUUGGAAUGCGCCUGGACGAGAUCGAUAUCCUGGUGGGGGCCUGCCUGGAGGCCGGAAUCGACCACUCGGACAUCAUCGGGAUUUCUUUCCACUGUGGCUCGGGCUGCGAGUCGGUGGAAACCUACCUCGAGGCGCUGGAAAUGGGCCGCACCGCAAUGAAAGCCAUCGACCAAAACCUGGCGGUCGUUUCGACGCAAUCGUCUGAGCUUCCACCGCCACGCUGCUGGCUGCUUGAUAUUGGCGGGGGCUUUCCGGGCCUAGACGGCUUGGACGGAGAUGUUGGAAGGUUUGCUGUGGGGGACGCCGCGGAAGUUACUUGCACCGAGAUUCCGGCGGGGGAGGUAACGGGGCAUCCCGGCAAAGAAUCCGCACCACAAACCACCGUUGCUGACAUUGCAAUGGCCGUUCGCCCGGUCAUGCGAUCAUUGGACAGUGAAACCCACAGCAACGAUCACGAAACGAAUCCACACCUGACGCUCAUCGCCGAACCGGGGCGGUAUUUUGUCGAAGGAGCCUUUGCCCUUGCCAGCCGGAUCUAUCAAAAGCAGCUAUUGUCACGACCGAUCGACGACGAAGUCAACACGGAGGAUGAGAACAAGGGCGACAAAAACAUUCGUGUGUACCGAAUUCCACACGGAGUCCAAGGAGUCUUCAAGGAUGUCCUGCUGUGCGGGGAGUCUUUCGUGCCACAGCCACUCCAAACCGAGGCAGGAGAAGGCCAGGAGCACAAGCUCUAUCCGUCCAGGGUGGUGGGUCCGUCGGGAGACGAUUCCGAAGACGUGGUUUGCGACUCGUGCCUCCUGCCCGAACUCAAGGUGGACGAUUGGCUCGUCUUUGACCGAAUGGGUGCCUACACACUCUCGAUUGCAUCGAGGGCGGGCCGGCCGGUGAUGCGGUACGUCCUGGGGGGCGACGGGGACACACCACCACAGGCAGAAAACCCCGAUCCAAAGGCGUUCUGGUGAUCGGCCACUGCAUCCAACGAGUCAAGAAAAAGGCCAUCGGUCAAGCAAAGAACAUCCCACAAAAUCGGAUACCGGAGUGUUUAACACACUAAGAAAAUCUCGGAAAUAAGAAUUGGAAAAUCAUGAUUUUAUUUUAAAAAUGAAAGCACUGUAAAUGUUUAGUGCGUGCGGAUGGGUCAAGAGUAUGCGUUWGGGUCGCAAGAUWACUCGUCCAUUGAACCAUGCGUUGUCGUUAGGCACAACGAGCAAUGCCACUGUCCCGCCGCCGAAUUUCCCGUCCUAGUGCCACGCCCUGUUGCGAGGGCCUGGGUUUUAGCUUGGUAGUGUGGCCCUCUGACUGRCAGUGGCUGCCGCUGUCAUCUGAUAGGGAGGAAAAGGACGAGGACGKGUGCAGCUGUAGGGUGGAAUGAAAUAUCAACGAACGGCGAUCCGAAAUAUUCAGUGGCGAGAGUGACAGUGCGCCUGUUGGACUCGAGUCCCGCGUUUCAUCGGGUGUGCCGUUCGCUUCGGCUUCCCGCUCUUKCUUCAAUCUUUGGAGUGUUAUUGCUGCUUCUUGCAUCCGGAGAAGCGACUUGCGCACGAUUGAUGUGGUAGAAAAGAYGUCUAUUUCUUCGUUGGAGAAUGCCGAGGACUUUGCUUUCAAUCUCUUGUUGUAGUUGCGGUUGUAGUCGAUCGUAUUGAUGUGGUUGCCAGUGAAUCUCGGAGCCGGGAACAUGGGGAUAUCCUUGUUGUCUAGAUCGAGAAUAAGUCGCUUGGAAAACGGUCUCUUGCAAGAACUGCCGUCGCCGUCAUUGGUGGCGUCGGCGAGAAAUCCACCGCCAAUGGGACGCGCUGGCAUGUAUUSGUAAGGAUUUUGGGACUCGUUCUCGUAACUUGGGGGCGUUGUGUAUCCUUCGAGAGGUAUCGUGAAAGCCGUCGUCACGAAUUCGGAAGAUUGAUCGGUCAYCAUGUUGAAUGCAGUAGAUUGUACUAUUGUGUGGGUAUGACAGGUGUUGCCAAGAAAAUGCCUUGCGAUGCUUUCUUUUUCGGUUUUGCAAAAUACUGUAAUGAGAAAUUCAUUCGUAUUUGCAUUUUCAAUGUGACAUGAGAACAGUACAGUAUUUGAGCGUGAACUUUGAAAAUUAAUUAUCGUUCUUCACACGGCAAGAGUACGAGUACUUUACGUACCUAACAACCGAUCAUUGUUUUCGUCGCUUGAAGCGACGAAAUACCACUACUACGAUUGAAGAAACACUUCACCGAACAGAACGUUCCAGAUACUGAUAAAAAGUUGCAUACGAUUCAUAAGUGAGUUUUAGUCGCAACACCAAUAUUGAUAGUUUUUGUUUUUUCGGUUUCAUAAUUCCUUCUACGUAGUCGUGAAUUGUUACUCCUAUUCCAACUUGAAGUUUAUCCCCAAUUGAGAUGACUGGCAUAAAUAUUGUUGAAAUUUUUGUGUCAAUUGAAUGAAUCAAGUAGRUAAUGAUUCUUUACUUUACCGCACCUCAUGGUUUUGCGAAUGCCUAAGAAUCCCAAAGAUCCUCAAUUCAAAUCGGAAACAGACUUCUUAGGAACAUUGAAAAUAGACAUGCUCUUUUCAUUUGAGUUCGCAUCUCGCGGGGUUGGGAACACUUCGCAACGAAUCAUGGAUGACCGCCGAGAUUCAAAUGCAUGUAUACUGUUUCAAAAUCGGUUGAGUCCAAUGAGAUGAAUYAUUCUUGCAAGCGAGUUCUUGUAAAACCCACUCAGGUACGGGAGCAAAACAUUUCUUGGCGACGCCAAUACCAGUACUAUUAACUGUUGGUCAAGCACCCGUUUCAYAAAGGCGGAUACUCGAUGUUCUAGUAAGCGAAAAAAAAGUCUCCUGCAGGGUGACAUAAUGGAAGGGGCGUAUGGUACAGUAGUACGAGUAGUUCUUUUCCUCGUUUCGAUAUUACAAUUAUCGGCUGUAACAACAAUCUAACCGGUCUAGUACUUCUUGUACUAGUACUACCAGCACUAAAAGGGUUUUAACAGA